CUGUGGGGUUUUAGAAACUUUUGUUAACUUUCGGAUUAGGAAUUUUAACAAAUUAAUCUAAAGAAAUAUUUUAAGACUAGGCUGACAUUACUAUGCCAAAUAUAGUCCAAUUUUGGAAUAGCACAUUAGUAAACAUAGUCAAAAAAAAAACAAUGCAAAUUUCAAAGACUGUGGAAACCGGUCAAUUGGAAAAUGGCGAAAAUGUGGAAAUGGACAACAUGCUGUGCGAUCUGAUCGAUAUACACAAGGUGAAGGGCAACGAGGAUGCGCUGCGGCGGGUGCUGCAGAGCAUCUACAGCCAGCUUAACAGCACCAAAGAUGUCAAGUUUGGCACCAAGCUCUAUGACAAGCUCAUCUCGGUGGUAAUUGCGGACAGGGCCAGCGACCAGGUGAACCAGGAGCAAAUCUCCAAAGUCUUGAAUGCAGUGCAGGCGCACGCCAAACAAUAUCCCUGGUCAGGAUUAUGUCUGCUGCGCAAACUCUCAUCGAUAUCGCUGUGUGAUUCGGUGAACAUUGAGAAUCAGCAGAUGCCGUUGCAUCCGCAUGCUGGGAAAAUACUGGAGCACUUGCUAGAUGACUUUGUGCGUGAACUAGGGCUCGAGUACACCUGCUCGCCGCAGCUGUUCAUCGUGAUACAAAAGCUGUUGCAGUCGGAGCUAAGCGAGAGUCGCAGAUUGGCCUAUUCGAUAAUGCGCAAGUUGUUGUUGAGCAUUAGCAAAUGCGAGGAUGCCAAGAACGAUGGCGAGACCUAUCCACAGCUGCAGAAGGUACUCAACAGCGUGGAGCCCCAUUGGCCAGCCUAUGUGGUCAUCCUGGAGCAGCUGGAGAAGGAGGAUUCACAUUUGGUAUUGCCCAUGCUGAGCGGCCACCUGCCACGCUUUGUGGCCUGUAGUGUGGAUAACGAUUGGCUUAGCUGGCUAAGAAUACUCUAUCAGCGACUAAUUAGGAACCAUAACAAACUCGUCGUCCGUUGGACCCUUGAGUACCUUCUCUUGCAUUCGACUAUUGCGGACCUGCUCCGAGUGAAUCUGUUGGACGAGUUCCUGGCUACCACCAAUAAAACGGAACUUUACGAUACCGAGGACUAUGUGCUGCCCGACCAGAAUAUCAAGACGUUUGUCCAGAAUAGUGGAACGCUGCAGUUUCUGGAGGCCCUGGUCGUGGUGCCCUGGCAGAGCCUGCCCCUGCUUCAUUGGCUGCGUAGCAUGCAGCCUCGCCAGCCGCACGUGGCAAUGGCAUUAAUCUUGAAGAUUUGCGGCCAUGUCAAAUUAAUGCAGCACGAAACUUUGCGUUACGAGGCACAGAAUCGAAUGUUCGAUAUAUUUGAGCCCACAAUUGAGAGUUUUUCACUGGGCGAUUAUAUACAGUUUUUGAGGGCCCUUUGCAGCAAUAACGAUAAUUUUUGUAGGGAUCACAAACGUUUUACAGCGAAAAUUGCGACUUGCACUAAUAUCAAUGAGGAACUGGUUCACUUUGACAAGAGUCUUUACGUGAUUAUCUUUCGCACAGACGUCAAAAUAGGCAUUGAACUGCAUAAGAAGAUGAGCAAGUUGCCGAAGGCUCAGCAUGGCUGGUGGCGCCUCUUCUCCUUCUUUUUCAGUCUUAAACUGGAGAGUACGAGUGAUAGAAUGCAUAUUCUCGAUUUCUACCAGGAGCAAUAUGACUUGAAUAUCGAUGACCUCGAGCGCUUUACGGACCUCAACGAGAUGCAGCAAUAUUUGGUAAACAAACUCGAGUGUGUAACUGAUGAGGAGAUAGCCUUUGUAUUGCAUCGAGGUGUCGAUUGGUAUACGUGCGAGAGACUCAUCAGCUGGAACCAACUGGCCGAGCUCAAUCUUAAACCAUCGGAACUGCUUAGUCAAGGCACAAUUCUAACAGCUCAGCGUAUAGCUACUUUAUUGAAUGGAAUCGAGGCUCGAUUAGAGGAUGAGAGCAUAAUCAAGUCUUUGAUAGCAUACCUCAAGCAGUAUCCGGAUAGUGUCUUGGUCGCCACAGCCAUUGUGAAAUAUGCCUCCGCACAUUGGUCCAUUGAGGAAAGUGAUCAGAUCCUUAAUGAUGUCCUGGAAGCCAGCCAGUUCCUUAAUAUAAACAUUUUGUGCUGCACUAAGAGUGUGCCCACAUCGCUGCUGAUACGUGGCUUACUCUCGGGUAAUCCGCUGUCUGGCGAAAAAUGCAUCGAGUAUGGAUAUUUGAUCAAUCAGUACAAUUAUUUCUUUACGAGUUGCAGGAAACGGGAUAGUUACAUUAAUUUUGUUAUUGAAGGCAAAACGGAUACGCAUCCUCUUCUCAACGAGCUGCUGCGCAUCAACAACGAGAUGAUUGACACGAAACAGGAUUACAUAGAAAACUGCAAGGAUCAUCGCAUCAAGAUGCGAAUUGCUCGAGCCUUGAUAAGGAUAACCUUCAAGGGUCCCAGCUAUUGGUCAGAUCAGCUGUGGCAAGCACUGCUCGCACCCAACGAGCGGGACAAUAUCCGAUAUAUGUAUGAAUGUCUGGUGGCGCGCUGUUUGCCUAGCGUAGAUCUCUUGUUGAAUCGUCUGCAGCAGUUGGCUGAGCUCAAGUCCUGCCAGCAGUUGUCCUUGAUCUCCGUGCUACACAUAUACUGCAUCAGCAAGUACAAUGCGAUCAAACUGGAGCAACUGCAGUGCAUUAUCGAUGUACUGCUGCCUCUGACAAUGGACAAAGAUCUGGAGAUUCGACUGUUCGUACAACUGGUGCUGUACAGGCUGCUGCUACAGCUCGAGGAUAACAACAUCAAGGUUCACGGCGUCACCAACAUGAAGAUGGCAAUUGAGAGCAGUUUGGGCAACAAGCUAUUGGAAUGCCAGUACGAGGGCCGGUUGCUUCUGCCCAAGAUAUGCUAUCAGACGCCCGAUGGACUGCAGGCAGCCGACUUUAUACUAUACAUGACGUAUGCACCGUGCGAUGAAUACUUUGCCGAUGCGCUGCGACCGAACAUGAAGCUGAAAUCGGAACUCGGCAAAUAUCGCAGAAGUCUAAAGUUUAAGUGUCCAGCAGUUUGAACGAACUGCAAAUAAUUUAUAAACUUUUUAAGAUAUGUUGAGGAUCGAACAAAACAAAUAUUCAUACUCAUUCAGUUUUUUACGAUUACAAUUUUAAAUUUCGCUGCGCUUAAAUUACUAGUUUGUAAGUAAGCGAUAAAAAAAUCCUUAAAGACAGAAUCGAAACACGAUCUAUUAAAUAUAC